UUGCAGAAAGUUCUGAGCAAUCAGUUACUUGUGUCUUAUAUCCCAUGCGUAUCCUCAUUUGAAAAAGAUCUAAAGAAGGCUGGACCACAAGGACCGCUUCGAUUUGGAAAACGACGUGAUGGUCCGUCUGGUCCACUACGUUUCGGCAAGCGAUCAUUAUCCAACUCAAACCCGAUCGCACAACAACCAUACUAUUACCUUCUGUAG